CCCCACUCACUGUGGCCACCAUAGAAAAAAACGCUAACCUGCUUCGUUGGAGAAGGAGAAAGGAGAUUAGGAGAAGGGCCGGAGACCGGAGUCGUCGAGAACCCUUUCUGCCCAGGCGAGAAGCACGUCCGACAAACGGCCGACUCUUCAUUGCCCGCCGGCGAGCCUGCCAGGAUCCGUGGCAUGUGAAUUGGCGACCGGCGACCCCGGAGACGAACGCCCCUGAUUGUAUUUUAUGACGGAAUAAUCGACACAACCGAGAGGGUAAUGGAAGAAGGCCAUAUGAGUGUAGAUUCUGAUGAUGGCGAGAUAAUAAUUAACGAGGUGGAUGGUUUGCCAAAUCUCCAUCCAAAUUACGAAGGAAUAGGACUCACUGGUUGCAAUUCGCAGAAGAAUUCAAACUGCAUCGAGGAGUUGGUCAGCGAUGAGGACCUUCCAACGUCACUCAUUGUGACCAACCUCGACAAGGUUCUUUUCAAGAGUGAUGAAUUGAAGAAACAAGUUGAAUUAUUAUUUGCUCAAUUUGGUGAGCCAGUUUCUUUUCAAUACUUCCGAAGCUUCAAUAGAAUGAGAGUGAACUACUCCUGUCCUGCUGCAGCUGCCAAAGCCAGAAUUCAGCUUCAUCAAACGAUGUUUCUGAACACAGUGAUAAAUUGUUACUUUGCUCAGCCUGUCACUCCAGUCGAUAGUGCUGAUCAACAUUUGCAACCACCUGCCCCUGUAAAGCAAUUUUUGAUCUCCCCACCAGCAUCUCCACCUGUCGGCUGGGAACCGAGGGACGAGUCAGAACCGCUUGUCAACUAUGACUUGCUUGCGGCGAUUGCUAAUUUGACACCAGGCGGAUCACAUGAAAUACAUGCCCCAUCAGACAAUCAGCCGGGCAUUGUUGUACAUGUCUGUGAAGAAAAAUUAUCCAACACUGAUGGAAAGCCUCGUAUCAUCCACACGAGGUGCCCACAACAUAAUUGAAUAUUUUUGUUUAUGAAGGGGAACAUUAAUUUUAAUACAAUAGAAACUUGAAAGGUUAGUAGAAAAACAAUGGUAAUGGAAAUUUCAUACCUCAUACACUUUAGAACGUAUUACUUAAAUAUGUAUAUUAUAUAAUUUUAAAACAAAUAUGUGUAAACAAGUAUAGUUCUAGAGCUUAUACUAAAAUUUCGUUUACACAACAAUUUAAAACAACUAAUUAUAACAAAACAUGGCUAUACUAUUUUUUAAAAUAAGUAAAACAAACUUUAUUAUUCUCCAUAAAGAUGUUUGACUUAUUGAUUCAAUUUAUAUAUGUUAUUUAUGUAAUCACAAUUUUAAGUGUUUUAUUCUUAGCACAUAGCAAUUUUUUAAGAAAACUCUUGGUGUGGUUUUUAAAUGUUCUUGUUUUCAUCCUCAAAAGUGUUUACCCUUUAAGUAUUACAAAAUAUGACUAGAUGUGUAAAAAUCAUUAAACCAGACUCAAGAAACCAAAAUUGAACUACUAUGUUUAUUAUCUAUCAUGAUCAUCUAAUAAAUAAUUAUCAUCUUAAUUAAAAUUUAAUUUUUUGUUUAUAAAUAACAGAGAAUAUUUACUUUUUUUAAUGAACUUAAUAGUUUCCUUUCUCUUCAACAAAAACAUCCAAAAAGUCUUUAAUAUUUUACAAACUGUGGAAAAUAUUUGUAAAUAUGAUAAUUUAACUUACCACUGGGUUAAGUAUGUAUAUAUUUUUGUAUCGACUAUAAAGAUACCUAUUUAAGAUCUUUUAAUUUGUUGUUACCAUUCUUAUUUUCUCUCUUUAGUUUAAAAUUGUAAAUAAAAAUAUUUAUUGUUAA